UUACCAUGAGCUGAGUUAUUUUAAUAAAUCCUUUAUUAUUCCCAUGGAUACAAAUAGAUACAAUUCAAUAAAAAAAAACACAAGACUAUCAGUCGAUGAAGUGUAUUUGUUUCUAGAUAAUUCAAAAGCACAUCUAAAACAUGAAUAAAAUUAAGAAAAAAAUCCGAAAGAAAUAUUCUGAUUUUUAUACAGCGGAAGAUAUUUUUGAGGAGAAAUCACCACAACUCAAUUUUUCCAUCACUGACUUGGAUAAGAAAGGACAUUUAUCAAAUCCUAAAGCUCCAUGUGUUGUUACAUCGAUUGAUCCGCAAUAUACAAAAGACGCAAAUAGACAACAGAAUUUUUAUAAAUUCAAUGUGAAAAGUGAUAUUCUUAGAUUGCGAGAUAUAACGAGAAAGAAAUUUCAAUACUACAUUACACAACAACGAGCACUUGAAAAAGCCCAAGAGGAUUCCUAUCAAUCAAGAGUUUAUGAAGAAACUAAAAAGUUUUUAAGUGUAACUUCAAAUCAACUCGAUGUUUUCCAAAAUGAUGCUUUUUGUAAAGUAUUAGUCGAGAAUGAAAAACUAAAGAAAAUUAAAUCUCAAAAUGUAUUUGAUGAAUUUAAAGAGUCCACCCUAAUGCAUCAAAAGUUAUCCACCGAUGUCAGGGAUGUUCACAAAAGAUUUAUUUUUCUUCUCAAAUUAAUAGGAUAUUUUGAUGUCAGUGAAGAAGGAAUUAAUAUUCUUAAAUUAAAUCGAUUGGCAGAUGCUGGUGAUUAUGUAUUCCUUAAAAGUGAUUUACAUUCCGAUUGUAUAUCCGCCGAACAAAUUAAACAAUUGAAACAAUUUGUGGUUGAUGUAAUUGAUCCAUAUUUGAAAAAACAAACAUUUUUGAAUGCUGAUGUUUGGAUUGAUGGAUACGAAAACACACGUCGCAAAUUGUUUGAAUACUACAAUCAAUUUACAAAACUUGCAAUUUUGAAUCAUAUUGUCUCAAUUGUUCAUUAUAAGUUUUUGAAAUUUCAUCAAAACUGUAACUUAAAGAUAAUAGCUCAAGAUCCCAGUUAUCUUAAAGAACAUAAAAGUCGACUUCAGGAUGAAGCUAAUCAAUUUUUUAAUAAAUUCGAACAAAAACAGAUAAAAAGUAGUAAAAUAUGUUGGGAUAUUAAAGGUGUUGCACCAGUUUUACUCGAACAAAUACAACAAAACGAUAAAGAAGAAAAGAAAGGACCUCCAAUAAGUGCUUUAACGCAGCUGGAGAAAAUUCAUAAUAUUUUAAUGAGUCUUCUCAACGAGCUUGAUAGUUUAGAACCAGAUUUUUGCAAGAACUAUGAAGAAGAAGUUCGAAGACAAGUAACAAGAGAGAAAAAAGCAUCGCGAAAUGUAUUGAUCAAAGUAAAUCGCUUCCAAAAUUGGAUAGAACAUUAUAAGAAACAUCAAAAGAAAUAAUACAUAAAUAAAUUGAUAAUUAAAGUUUCUGUUGGUUUUGAACUUAAAUAAUUUGUCUUAUUUUACAAUGCUGGAACAGGAUAAGCACGCACAUAAUUACUUUUAAUGUGGCUGAGAAUUUUAAAAGUUCUGGAAUGAAGAUUUUAAGGAGUCAAAUCUAAAAAUAAAAAAAGAAACAUGCCAAUAUAAAUCCACUUUGGCUUCUUAGUAAAUACUCAUUGAAAAGUUUAAGAGGUUUUACUGCAACACGCAUACAAAUUAUAGGCAUGGAGUUUCAAGUUCAAUAAAAUAAACUAAAUGAAUAAAACUCUGGCUUAAAAGUUAAAACUUUAUUAAAAUGUAAAAUGUUAACUCAAAUGACACUAAGCCGAAUUCAAUCGCCGACGGCAAAACAUCCCAUAAACAUCAAAAGCUCUACAUUUAUGUAUUUUGCCCACAUGAAAGAUAACCCUAAUUCCAUCUUCAUAAUUCUUAUCAGUUUGUGGGGGUUAAAUGCGAAAAAUUGUAUUUGAACAAUCAAUCGAUGGCUUAGUAAAAUAAUCAAAAAGAUAAGGGGCUGUAUACAAUUUAGGACCCGUUUUUGUUAAAAUUUUUUUAUUUUUGUAUUAUUCUUGCUUUAUUGUUAAAAUA